AUGGUCAUCUCCAAGAGGCUGGCGAAGCUGCUGGCCCCCUUCAUCAUGGAAUUCAUCGGCACCUUCUUCCUGACGGCGUCGAUCUCCUUCAACUUGAUCAAUUUCCUCCGAAGCGAUAGCGUUUUCGAGAUGCAGGCUGCCCUCGGUAUCGGAACCUGUCUGGUCGCGGUGGUCUACGCAGGUGGCCAUCUCUCGGGCGCCCACUACAACCCCUCCAUCACCAUCGCCGUUUGGGUCAGGUCUCUCGGCCACCGCCCUCGCCCUGGCCAGGAGAAGCCCCCCAUCUCGACCCUCGAUGCCGCCAUCUACAUCGUCGUCCAAAUCUUCGCCUCAUUCCUCGCGGGUCUGUUCCAGUGGGCGAUUCUGUCCGAGACCUUCCGCAUCACCCCCGGUGCCAACAUCCCCCUCAUCGGCGCCGUCAUCGUCGAGUGGUUCUGGACCUUCCUGCUCGACUUCGUCGUGCUCCAGACCGCCACCACCAAGCCCCAGGCCGGUAACUCUUUCUUCGGUAUCGCUAUCGGCUUCACCGUCCUUUCGGGCAUCUGUUCUGCUGGCUACGUGUCCGGUGGCGCCUUGAACCCUGCCAUCUUGCUCGGCCUCAACUUUUCCGAUGCGAUUGCCCACGGCGACAUCACUCGGCUGGAGUACACCUGGAUCUACCUCAUUGGUGGCGUGCUCGGCGGCCUGAGCGCCGGCGGCCUCUUCUACCUCACCAACGUCGACGAGUUCGGUGACGAGCAGCAGAUCUCGCUCUACUCGACCGAGGCCACCACCGUGGCGUCCGUCGCCGCCACCAAGCGCAGCAAGCAGCACAUCCGCGGCGAGGUCGACAUGGCCAGCGAUGGCGAGUACGAGGACAUGGGCGGCGACCAGGGCACCUACCUCCUCAGCCAGAGGUCUUAA